AAAGCUGGCUGGCAGAACAUACAGGCGGAGAGCGUCGACGCCCGAAGAUCUGAAGCAGACAGAGGCAAGAGCGGAGCGCAUAGAUUGGAGCAAGAUGAUUGGAAAGCAAACCCUCACCUCGGCGGCAGCAGCAGUCGGAAAGAGGGGGCGUGGCGCUGGCGCAUACUGUGCAGCCUGCGACUUGACAUUCAAGGACAACAUCCAGUACAUUGAGCAUCUAAACAGCAGGCAACAUUUGAUCGCGACAGGCCAGUCUGGCGAAGUGCGCCGCGCCACUCUCCAAGAAGUACGCGAUCGCCUGCGGUACCUCAAGCGGAAACGGGAAGAGGAUAAGGCGCUCGAGGUUACAGAUUUGGAUGCAAGACUGGCGAUGAACAAGGAGCAAUUGGAAAAAGAUGCUGAAGAAAAGAGGCGCUUGCGCAAUGAGAAGCGCAGGGCAAAGAAGAAGGCAGAUUCCAAUGCCAUGGAGUGGAAGGUCGAAGGAGACGGUGUCAUUUGUUGAGGCGGCGGGCGACAAGGCGGGCAGUUCCAGGCAUCCGACGACGCGCCUCGGACCAAAACCUCGCGGUAGAAUCGGUCAACCCCUGGAAUGUACCGUGCUCGACACGCGCGGCAAACAGCCGCAUAUUCCCACCUCAUAGAAAGGACAUGCCCCGCCUACAUCGUUUGCGAUGAUGUCUUGGACGUCCUAGUAAACGACCAAAACCCAAGUUUACAUUGUGCAAGGGUGGACUGGCAUGCAGGACAUAAUUUUUAAGUCCGAUCCGAGAAGGACCAUACAGCGAUAGGUCGGACAUUGAGCGCGCAAACGCGCGCGGAAUUGCGUGAUCCACCCCCGCAGUCCGUCUGCAUCCUAGUUCGGUGUAUAGACGUGUUGAUUUAUAAUCCUAAUACCGAGCUGCACGACUGAGGCAUGGGUUU